AUGCUGCACGCGCUGCCUGACCCUGAGAAGGCUGAAGGUCCACGGACGGCGAACGAAUACGCCGGCGCAGGUCUCACUGCCGUCGACCCAUCUCCUGGAAUCGAGGCUGAUGCGCUGGAAAGUGAGGAUGCGUUUGGGUUAGAGGAUGCGGAGGACGACGACUCGAUGCGUUCGCGCAACGGGCACCGCAGAGGUGCCAACCUGUCGCGGUUCAACAGCACGACGGAUUCGUUGUUGUGGCACCGCACUCGCUCAGCCAUCCCGCGCUGGCUUCUUUGGCUUAAAGACGUCUUCUUUGCUGCCCACGAUCGCCACUCGGAUAUCCCGACAUACCGCUAUCUACCCUUCGUCUCUGGCGCCCUGAUCCCAUUCUCAAUCCUCUUGGAGAUCCCUGGCAUCACGGAGCGCUGGUAUGUGCGCAAGGAGAACGGCUUCGUCGUCGAGAGCAGAAACAACACAACACUCUUGAAUGUCGCCCUUGGCCUUAGUUUGGGAAGCGCGUGUAUCGCCAACGGAGCCCUCCUACUGAGGUUCUUCGAGCGUAGGGUGGCGGCAAUGACCAUCAUUUGCUUGCUCUUUCUGACUGUGCAUGAUAUCAUAAACAUCAUCGUCAUUGUGACUUUCGGUGUUGAGCACAGAUUCAACGACGGGUUCACAUACGGCGAGAGCUACUGGCUCACCGUGUGCUCUACCAUCGUUUCGCUCAUCACGAAUGGAACGCUCAUAUGGGAUCUUUGGCGCACUCCCAACUUCGCCAAGAGCGGCAGCGGACUCACUCGCAAACAACGCUCACUAGUCAUCAUCAACAUCAUCUUCCUGGCAUACACUGCACUCGGCGCUCUAGCGUUCAGAUACCUCAUCGGCCUGUCCUUCAUCGACUCGCUGUACUUCACCGUUGUCACCACCCUCACCAUUGGUUUCGGUGACAUCGACGCGACAACCGGGGCGCAACGCUCAGUUCUGUGCCUCUACUCUGCUUUCGGUAUCGUGAUACUCGGAGCUGCUGUGCGUCUGAUCGGCGAGACGGUCAUUGAGGCCUUGGAGAUCGGCUACCGGAAGCGGGUGCGCGACUACAGGAAGCAUAGGCGUGAGCGGCAACGACAUGUUCGCGAGGCAGCUCGCUGGAGGGACGCCGUCGAGGCGAGGCUCAAAGCUAAAGGUGCCGAUGUCUGGGUAGAUGCAAACGACGAAGAUCACGUCUCUGUGGAUGGUCUCCCACGCGACGUCGCACCUGCAGCACAUCCCCUGCGCCAUGGUCGCAACCCCGUUCGUCCCAAUGUCGACAGCCGCAUCCCGAAGCCAUUCCGGAAAGAGAGCGAUCAUGAGGCUCUCCCACCACACGAUCCCAAGACUGAAGAUCGACUUCGGCCCCCACCGCGCGCCGGGAUGGUGCUGAAUACGGCUGCACUUGAUAUGGCUGAGCUUGCAGCCGCAGCACGUGAGGCGUCCGUGGCAAUCGAACGUUUCGCGCCCGAGGCACUCCAACAUACGCAGUCUGCUGGUCGCAAGGCGCGGGAGCCCGGCGUUGGGGAUCCACGCGGUGCUACUUGGUGGGCAAAUACAUAUCAUUGGCUAUUGGCAGCCAAGGGCGCGCAUGCGGAGGAUGAGCAUGCCCAGAUAGGGAAGGUCUACGUUGACACAGUACGUGCGCUGGAGAUCGAUGAGCGCAGGAGCUUAUAUGUCAAACUCGCCGUCGCAUGGACGAGCUUCAUCAUAUUCUGGAUGGUCGGCUCUCUGAUCUUCUGGCAUGUCGAAGGUUGGCCAUACGGCGACGCUAUGUACUUUUGCUUCGUCACCUUCACCACUGUCGGGUACGGAGACGUAACACCCGUCACCGCUCUAGGCCGUAGCAUCUUCGUGUUUUGGGCGCUCAUGGGCGUGGGCUCGAUGACCGUACUGAUAGCAGUCGUCUCGGACGCGUUCUCCAGCAAGUACCGGUCCGUGAUGCACUCCAAGACCUUCGAUCGCGCUGUAGAGCGCUAUCGCUCUGAGCGCCCACCCAAUUCCAAAGGCGCCGUGCCGUCCCCUGAAUCCCAUCCCGGCACACCUUCAAACGACAUGCGCGAGCAUAUCCCGAAUCAGCUCAAGAAGGAUCUUGACCGUUUGGCCGCGCCGGAGGGGUUCAAGCUCACUAUGCGGCGACGCUCUGGCGCACGAGAUGACCCUCAGAGUGAAAAGCAUCCUCGUCAGUUAUCCGACCCUCACCGGUCCACGCCGCACAAAGGCUCUACUGGGCGCCAUGAGUCUAGGCAACAUGACCGUUUUCCCCGCGAUCUUUCUUCACGCGAUUCUCGUGAACGUUCGGACCCUUAUCCUUCACUUGCCUCUGCAUUGCACCCACACUCCGACGAACAGACACACUCGAAGCGAUCUCACUCUCCAACACAUAAGAGGCACGCAGAGCUUACAUCGCGCUUGCGCUCACGCUUCGAAGCAUUGCCGCCAAGCAUCCUCGAGGAGGCGCACACCUUGCGUGAACAGAUGCGCUACUUCCUCACGAGCAAUGGCCAUGCACAUGGGUUGGACGACAUGGCGCCCAACACGGACGACAAGGUCCCACGUAGUCUGCGAGACGUCUUCGAGGAGAUCUCGAAGGACGACCCCGAUGAUGGCGACGCUGACCGGUUCGGUGAACGCAUGAAGGAGGAGAUAUGGGAGGAUGAUUACACACGCAAUACUCUUUUCGUGUUAGCUUUUGAAAAAAGCAUUCGUAACCUUGUCGAUGCCGCGGAAGGCGCACUCGAGGUUCUUGCGGAACGUGACAGGCUGUUGGCGGAGAGUCAGGCGCAACGAAGUGAUAUUGCUCACAACGGCUCGCCGGAGAGGGUGGAAGACGAGCAUGAAAUUACCGCACAUUCACGGACGCGUACCGGAGAGGAAGAGAAAGAGGACUGA